AUGUCUAAGGAACACGUGUAUAUUGUUGCUGGUGCGAGAACCCCGAUUGGCUCCUUUCAAGGAGGGCUAUCUAGUCUUGGGUAUGUUGAUUUAGGUGCACAUGCUGUCAAGGCAGCAUUGGAGAAGGUUCCUCAAAUCAAGCCAACCGACGUUGAGGAGAUUUUCUUUGGUAAUGUUUUGCAGGCCAAUGUUGGACAAGCGCCAGCGAGACAGGUGGCCAUCAAGGCUGGUCUAGGUGAAGAUACUCCUGCUACUACCAUCAACAAGGUCUGUGCUUCGGGUAUGAAGGCCGUUAUUUUAGGUGCACAAACCAUUCUGACUGGAUGUGCAGAUAUUGUUGUUGCAGGUGGUGCGGAGAGUAUGACCAACACACCAUACUAUGUUCCAGCAGCUAGAGCCGGUUUGAGGUUUGGUAAUGGUGUCAUUGUAGAUGGUGUAUCCAGAGAUGGUUUGAAUGAUGCAUACGAUGGUACAGCAAUGGGUGUUGCAGCUGAGAAAUGUGCAAAAGACCAUUCUGUUACGAGGGUUGAACAGGAUGACUUUGCCAUUGCAUCUUACAAGAAAGCACAAAGGGCGCAUGAUGAGGGAAAGUUUAAGAACGAAAUUGCACCAAUUACGAUCAAAGGUAUCAGGGGUAAACCUGAUGUUGUCAUUGAGAGGGAUGAGGAAACUUCGAAAUUAAACGAGGAGAAGCUAAGAAGCGCUAGAACGGUUUUCCAAAAGGAAAACGGUACUGUUACAGCACCAAAUGCGUCACCAAUUAAUGACGGUGGUGCUGCAUUGAUUCUAGUAUCUGAGAGAAAGUUGAAAGAAUUGGGACUAAAACCAUUGGCAAAGAUUGUUGGAUGGGGAGAUGCAGCACAGAGUCCAGUUGAUUUUACAACUGCCCCUUCAUUGGCUGUUCCAAAGGCAUUGAAGCAUGCAGGUCUUAAGAUUGAUGACGUUGAUUUCUUUGAGUUCAACGAAGCCUUCUCUGUUGUUGGAGUAGCAAACACGAAAAUUUUAAAUAUUGACUCUUCAAAAGUCAAUGUCUAUGGUGGUGCUGUUGCUAUAGGACACCCUCUAGGUUGUUCUGGUGCGAGAAUCCUCGUUACCUUGAUGUCCAUCUUGGAACAAGAAAAGGGUAAGCUCGGUGUCGGUGCCAUCUGUAAUGGUGGUGGUGGAGCCUCGGCAAUGGUUCUCGAAAAAUGUUAG